AUGAGAUCCGCGCUGCUGCUGUUCUCCCACCAUUUGCGAAUCAGCAUUGGGCUUCGCGAACUCCCGAAGCUUUGCCCAGAAUGCUUGCCCGAGACUCUGGAAACGGAGUAUUUUGAAGGUGUGCCUGGCCAAGAGCCUCCGAGACUAAAAGGGCCUGUAAGCCCUGAGACAUUUGACCAGGCAGCACGAUCUGGCAAGGUGCUCAUCCUGGAGAAUGCUUCUGCUGGUAUGGCUUUGGAGGGCUGGAGCUGUGAACGAUUGGCUCAAGAGUUCCCAGAUGCCAAAAUGCGCAGGGAGUACGACUGGGUGAAGAACCCUGAGGACCGCAACCUGCAAGUAUUCAGCAAAGUGAGCUGGACGUCCACCCUGGAGCAGGGUGAGGAUGCGAGCGAGCGCCUGCGCCAGGAUUCAUCGGCGCCUCCGUUUGCACCGUUUUACUGGGGUGUGCGGGAGCACCGAAACGGUGACGUUGGGUCCAAGAAAGUGGUCAAGCGGAUCCAAGAGCUGAUUGCAAGUUCCGUUCCAAGUUUCAUGGACAAGCAGAACGCUGCAUCUUUGUUCGACAAUGCAGAAUUUUGGAUGGGCGCGAAAGGCACAGGCGCACGAGCGCACAUGGAUUCGCACUGUAUCAGUACCCUGAGCGUGGUGCUCCAUGGUGAGCGCAGAUGGCGCAUUGGCCCAGUGCCACGCCUAGCCAAAGGUGCUGGACGAUCCCCGGAUGGUGAAGUUGUUUUUGACGAUGGCGUGGCUUACCAGCUGGGCUGGAAGCCCAUGUUUGAGUUUUCUCUGAAGGAAGGUGAAGCGGUUUUGUUUCCACCUGGUUGGAUCCACGAAACUCUGAACACCGCUGAAGGGUGCACAGUUGCGUUGACAACCCAAUUUGACAUUCCAAUUCCUGUUCGCUACUACCGGACUUUCUACAAUCGCCUCAGGAGGGUUGGUGAUUUGAACGCAUGCUGGGAGUGGAUGGUAGGUUGGCCAGGUGCCAAGCCUUCAAAGGACCUGACCAAGGCCAAGAGCAUGGCAGAGCAACUCUUUACCAAAAAGGCAGAGAAGUUGAGCCAGCAGGAGCUUGACUUUUUUGACUUGAACGAGGAUGGAAAUGUGACGCAAAAAGAGUUUAUUGACACUUUCGUUGCAUGGGCAGCCACUGAGCAAGCCAUUAAAAAGGAAAAGCGAAAGAACAUGCCCCGAUGCGACAUGGCUUGGGAUGAGAAGGUCUUCGCAGGCAAAGGUGGUGAGCUGUGAGCCUCGACCACUACCUGGAAAAAUCAGAGCGGCUGCUGAACAUCCAC